AACAACUAAAGUAAACAUGAAAAAUUAUACAUUUCCCUUAAAAUCAACGCAAAUCAAAGUCAUUGUUAGCGCUUGAGGCGAAUCAUUUUUUACUAUCGCACAAUUUAUUUCUUCCAACUGACCGUAAAGCGCCGUAAUAAAAAUAUACUUUCAGGCCACUGUAUUGCAAUAUUGUUAGGACUUUUAUUUUACGAUGAAAUACAUUUUUUUCUUAUUGUUCCUUGUUGCACGUGAAAGUGACCCAACUGUCCCUGAUGGUUUUCAAUCAUCGAAAUGUUUUAAAAAUGUAAAAAAGGAGAAAAUCAUAAGCAAAAAAUGCCCGGAUGUUAAAUGUCCGCCAAUCGACGAGCCCGUGUGCGCGAGGGUUACCAGCAUUAAAAAUAACAAAACUCUGUAUAUAAUAAUGGUAAAUAAAUGUGAAAUGGAGUAUAUGAAAUGUCAUCAAGGUCUACAAGCAAGCAUCGUUGAUAUGAAAAACUGUGGCCAUGAAGAAUAUAAAACUUUAAAAACUCUCCUUAGAGAUAAAGGCCGAAAGAGGGUGAAGAGGGAGGCUCAUUCAGGCAAAAAUAUCGACCCAAGUCGUCGUCGUCGUCGGAAACGUAUAGCCAGAACUGAUAACAAAACUAUAAUUGAACCCGAAGAUUCUUCUGGCGACAUAGCUGUUCCUCUUGACGCAACAAAAGAACCAAUUACAGAAAAUGGUUUCAAAGAUAUUUCAGAUUCAGACGAAAUCGCAAAUGUCAAGCCUGAAGAACCUGCCAAUCCAAAUGAGCCAUCUCAAGAGAUAGAGACCAAAAACGAUUUGCCAGAAGAUUUAGCAGAUGAUAAAAUAUUGCCAGAUAAAGAAGAUUUACCAAAGUUAAAUGAGGUAACAGAUUUACCAGUGCCAGAUAUGCCAGUAACAGAUUUGCCAGUGCCAGAUAUGCCAGUAACAAAUUUGCCAGAAAAUAUGGAAUCUGGACGUGUCAUAGUAGAUGCUGUGAUAGAGCCAGGAAAGUAUAAUUUAGAAAAUUUGCCAGAAGAGUUGAAAAAGAAAAAAUUAACUAAGGACAAAAAGAUAAUAUUUACAGAUAAGAAUCAGCCGGAUGACUACGACAUAUACCAAGCGGAGUGUCCGAUGUCGUGUCCGACUCGAGACGUCAUGGUGUGCGCGAAAUGCCAACACAACGUUUACAAAACCUUCAUGAGUAUAUGUCACAUGAGGAUGUUUUCUUGCAUGUUUACUGACGAGAAAUUAGAACUGGUAUCAAGAUAUCCAUGCGUGAUGUCCGCCCCAUUCCUCUCUGUAAAGCCGAACACGGAGCCCAGUGGAAGGAUCACACUGGCUGAUGAUGAAGACAAGAUCCUGAAGUUUAUAUACUGCAGGGAGAAAGGAAAUCCUACCUUCAUGGAUGGGAAGAAUAUGAUAUUGUAUUCUGAGAAGGAUAAUGCAACGAUUCUCAUAGUAAUACAAAUAGGAGUUCUAGCAGCUGACGACAAAUGCAAUUGUAAUAAAACUGAGAAAAUCAAGAUUAUUCUUAUAAAAGUCGAUGAUAAAGACUUAAAACUUAAUAGUAAUGUAAAUGUUUUUGAUGCUACCGAUGUAGAUACAAAUAUUAAAAACAUUACUGAUGUAGACAAAGAUAUAAUUAAAGAUAUAGUUGGUGAUAACAAUAAUACUAAUUUUAGUUAUGUAGACUCCAAUAAUUAUAAUAUCACUGAAGACUGUCAUGAUAAAGAUAAUCUAGAAUUGGAUUCUUUAAAUUCUGAUGAAGUAACUGAUAAUAUUUCUUUAAGCAAUGAUGCAGUUAAUAUAAAUUUGGAUGGAUCUGAAAAUAGAAGGCUAAGUGAUGACGUAAAUUUUGUUAACACUACUAGAGACAAUAAUAAAACACUUGAAGAACUAACUAAACCAGAAAACUAUAUUUAUAAUGAUGCUAGUAAUAUUUCGAUUCCUACGAUGGAGUUAACGUUGGAAGACUUUGCGAUACAAAAUGAUAAUAAUAAUACAAGAGAUAUUCCUGCAGUUGUAAACAUGGAACAACCUUUAAAUACUUCAGACGUUGAAACUAAUCGACGUAUUUCUUUUGACACAUCAACAGAAUAUAUAAGAGACACAGGUACUUUUAAAUUUUACAAUAAAGAUUACAUAAAUGUGAAAGUAAAUCAGAGUAGGGAACCAAUUGAAGAUUUAGUUCGUGGAUCAGUUGAACAUUUUAACAAUAUUAAUGAAACAGUAAGUGGCAGUAUUGAUGGAAACAAUCAAACAAAUAAUAAAAGUGAUGGAAAAGUUGAAAACGUAAAUAUAGCCACUGUAAGAAAUGAUAAGUUGAAUAAUUCCAAUGAACAAGAAUUUAAGUUACAUAUUGUAACAAAAAAUGAAACAAAGAGCAAGAAUUCUAAAAAAGAAAAGAUAACAGCCGCAAGUUAUAAUACAUCAAUAAUGUCACAUAAUAUUGAUAAAGGAAAAACAGAUAAUAUUAUAAAGAUUGACGAAACAAACAAUUCCAGUAAAGAUAUUUUAUCCGACUUAAAAGCUGCAGAAGUGAAUCCCACAAAUAUGUCUAAAUCGACCAUUGACGGUUCAAAAAAAGAAAAUAAGGUGAUUCAUAAAGAUAUUAGUAUCACGGAUUUCCUAGAUACAAUAAUUAAUGACGAAUCUAAACCAAUAUUGCAAGAUAUUGAUAAACAAAAUGCAAAAGAUUUAAAUUUAAAAGAGGCAAUAAAUCAACACCACAUUAAUUUAGAUAGUAUAGUGAAUUAUUUGGAAAAUAAACUUAGAAAUUACGAAGAAUCUCUUAAAAAUGACACUAAAGAUGAACGGAAUAAAACAAAAAACACGAUUCAACACAAAGAAAUACGUGGAAAUAUAAACAGAAUUCUAGAUUUAAAACAAUCAAAUAAAAUACUAGAACAAAUAGAUACCUUAUCGCAAAUGAAUAAAGAUCAUAUGUUUGAUAUGAGUGCACUAAAUAGAACGAAAGAAAAAAAUAAAAAUAGUGCAGUGAAACAUCAGGAACUGAGCAAUUUGGAUGCAAAUCGGUCUAUGAGUGAUAACAACGAUAUAAAGACACAUGUUAAUGUCGAUACUACUUCCAAUCACACAGAAAAUAUAAAGAUAUAUAAAGAUAAUAAUGUAGGAGAUAAAAACUUUCCACAAAAGAUAGAAUCACAUAAUGUACUAGGUACUAAAAGAGACGAUGUUGAUUUGGUAGAAAACUUAACGAAAUCUGUUGAAAUUGAACUAGAUAACAUCUCUGAAAGUAAUAGAGGACUUUCAACCACUAACAUACCUUAUAGGAAGUCGUAUUCACCACAUAUGACGUUUAAAAAUGAUGCAUUAAAAGCUAAAAUAACUGAACCACCUGUCUAUAAAAUUGGUAAUUCUAAGCAAAAUAAUAUCAAUAAACAAGAAGAAAAUGAUACAGAAAAUGGUCAAAUAAUUGACAGUAAAGUAAAUAAACGCAUUGAUUCAGGAAAUGAAGAAAACAAAAUCAAAUUACAAGACAUUAAAGCGCUUUUUGCCAUUACAAAUGCUGUAGACAAAAUAGCUGAAGAUAUACCAAUUAUUGAGGAAGACACGAAUUCAACAAUACUUAAUAGCAAAGAUAGGAUUACAACACACACAUUUUCUAGAUUGGAAGCCAAUAAUUUAGAUAUGAGCCCUAUAAAAUUAGAAGUUGAUAAAAGCAAAACAAAAGAUUUUGAACGCAAUAUUUUAAAUACCGUUAAUAAAAAUACUGUAACUAAUAAUGCGAUAUAUUUAAAAAAUCCAGACAACUUUGGGACCUCUUUAUAUCCUAAUCGAAAACAAACUGAAUCAUCAUUAAUUAUUGCUAAAUCCAAACCGUUAAAUGUACAAGAAUCUAACACCAACACAAAUUAUUUAAGACAUUUUUACACACCCAAAUUAAACAACCAACCAAAUACUUAUUUUACAAAUAAUGUAAUUUUAAGUAGAAUGAAUCCUUUAAAUUUUCUGAAUCUGAAACCAGAUAAAAACUUUAUUGAAAUGGAUAAAAAUAAAAAGGACCUUUCAAGAACUCUAAAUAGUGAUGCUUCGGAAAUAAUUUCGCCAAAACAAAAUAUUCCAGAAGAUACUAGAUAUAUAAAUCUUAAUAUAAUUAACAAUCCGAGAUUUAUAUUUCUCCUUGCUAGAAAAUAAUAUAAAAUUAUGAAAAAUAAAUCAUAGAUAUAACAAGCUUGUAACUUUUUGUAAUAAAC